AUGGCAAGUUGUUCGGUGUCAAAUGUAACUUGUUUGUGAUUCUAUUUUAUUUAGGAUUGCUGACUAAUACUAUUGUUUUAUUACACAAAGUUAUAUAGCUUUUUAGUUAUGAGGAGAGUAACACUUUUUGUCAAUGGCACGAACGUUACAAAUGGCAAGGUGGCUGUGAUUUCAUUUAGUACAAUAAAUUCUCAUUGUUUACUUUUCAUUUUCCAGUUACACACGAUACUUUCUCAAUAUUUGCUCACGUCAUAAUUGAAUUAUGUAUUAUCUUAUUCUGAACAAUUAUAAAUUAUAUGACAUGGUUAUAGAAGAGGGCGUUUGAAAAAAUAUUUUUGAACAAGUUACAAACAGAACUUUAGCAUGUUAAUGUAAGACAAUUUGAAGUUAGUAAUUUAUGUUUACAUAAAAUUUUUAAUAAAAAGUGAUUACAAGAUAGAGAAUAUCUUUACAAUCUAGAGUCUAUUUAAUUUCUAACAUGUUAAAUAUUUAAGAUUUAUUGUGUUUGAUUAUCAAAUUUUUAUAUUAAUCAGAAGGUUUAUGUAAUUAAAAUAAAUAAAAAAAAGAUUAUUGUAGAAAUGAGCAUAUGCCUAGUAAUAACUGAGUUUUUCAGUCAAAAUUUAUCAUAACAAAUAUUUUAGAAAAGAAAUCACAUUUAUGUAUAAUUUACUAUGUAUUUGUUUUAGGUAUUAAUGAUAACUAAUUCAUUAGAUGAAUUGUUAACAGCAGCUAGUUCAAAGUUCAACAUUACUGCCAAAAGAAUAUUUAAUGUUCAAGGUGGAGAGAUUGAUGAUAUUAAUCUAGUCCGGGAUGACGAUGUUUUAUAUGUUUCAUGUGGAGAAGAUUUUAUUCCUAAGGACAAGUUUUGUAGUCAGUUAAAUACAUGUUCAGAAUGGAUUACGCUGAAUGUUGGUGGAAAGUACUUUACGACAACAAGAGACACUUUAACGAAAAAGGAACCUAUGAGUAUGUUGGCUAGAAUGUUUACAGACGCUACAGACACAGGACAGAGAAUCUUACCUAGCAGACAAGAUAAAAAUGGUGCAUUUUUAAUUGAUAGAAGUCCUACAUACUUUGAACCGUUGUUGAAUUAUUUGAGGCAUGGCCAGAUUAUACUUGAUUCCAAUGUGAAUGCAGCAGGUGUCUUGGCAGAAGCACGUUUCUAUGGAAUAGAAGGUGCCAUUGAUAUAUUGACUGCAAUGGCAGAUGAAGAAGAACUUCAGAGGAGUGGUUUGGUAUCUUUUACUCGUAAAGAUGUACUUAAAGCGAUUAUGUCAACACCUACAACUUCAGAACUUAGAUUUCAAGGUGUUAAUUUCGUCGGUGCUGACUUAUCAAAGUUAGAUCUCAGGAAUAUAAACUUUAAGUAUGCAAUUAUGCGUGGCUGUAGUUUGGCAGGUUCAAAUUUAUCUGGUUGUUGCUUUGAACGUGCAGAUUUGUCUUAUGCAAAUUUACAAGGUGCACAGUUAAUUCGCGUAAGAAUGCUAUGCGCGAAUCUAGCCGCUGCCGAUCUUCAUUCGUGUAAUUUUGAAGAUCCCUUAGGUGUACCCGCGAAUAUGGAAGGUGUAAAUCUUAAAGGUGCCAAUCUUGAGGGCAGUAUUAUGGCUGCUGUAAAUCUUAGAGUAGCAACGUUAAAAAAUGCCAUCUUAAGAAAUUGUAUUCUUAGAUCAGCUGUGUUAGCUGGUGCUGAUUUAGAGUGCUGUGACUUAUCGGGAUCCGAUUUACAUGACGCGAAUUUGCGAGGCGCGAAUUUCAAGGAUGCUGCAUUCGAUUUGAUGUUAACGCCAUUACAUAUGUCUCAAACGAUACGAUAAAUGCAAUUUAAAUUCUGUGAUGUAAAUAUUUAUUUCAUUCUAGAAUGAUAAUGAUUUCAGUGAUAUCGCCUUCAUAGGUGUAGAUGGAUUUUAAUUUUUGUGCUUGUGUGCGUGCUCAGUUAUAUUAAAUUAUUAUUGCACUAUAUGGCCUACUACUGUGAUCGAUGGUCGAAUUCAUGAUUUCUAUCUAUGAUGUCUUUGAUUGAAAAUUUUUACCCUUAAUGUGAAUUAAGGAUAUUGAGGUGAAUAAGAAUUAAUUGUUUAGUUACAAUUUGCUUGUCACCGUAUUAUCUUUUGUAUAUACAUGGCCACGUAUUUUGAAAAAAAAAGUACUUUGAUAGACUCCUUAAUAACAUUUAACAUUUAAUAACAUUUUACAUAAAUACGACGUUAUUUAUACAAAGAUUGUAACAUAUAAUCAAUUUUCAUACAAGGUAAAUCAUCACAGAAUAUCAAAUUACGCUAGAAUAUCACAAACUAGAAGAAAGUUACUUGAAUAUUUCUUUAUUUGUAUUUCAUAUUGUGUGAUUAGGAUAUGAAUUUUGUGAUCGACGUAUGUAAAUCGAGCGAAUGUACGAUAAUCAUAUAAAUUAUUUAUAGUAUUUUAUCUAAAUAAAAUACAAAAUAUUUAAUUUUAUUCUUUGAAUAAUGCUAUUAAAAAAAUGCUAUGAAAUUUAUUGUUUUCACGUUCUGAGCAAAUAUUAUUGAGUAAUAUAUUUACUUACAAGUGUUAGUAUAAAUUUUGUAUAAAAUUGUAUUUUUUUGAAUACAUAAAAAGAGUAAUAUAAAUAGCCACAAAUGCACUUAAUAGAUAAUUUAAAUCAAAACAAUAAGGUAGUUUUCUUUACGAUUGAAUACUACUUUUACGUUAAAUUAUUAAUAUUACAGAUACAUUAAAUCGUCAUUCUAGCAUAUAAUAUAUUUAAGGCAAUUAUUUCGAUUGAUCUUUAAAAAUAAACUAACAUUGAUAUAUUUAAGUUAAGUUUCUAGAAUAGAAUUCUUAGGUAAAGGUCUACUUGUCACAUUUGCAGAACAAUCAGUAUUAGCGACAGGUUCUCCGUUUCAGUAAACGCUUGUAAAUGACGUAUGCGUGACAUUGUAUUCGAGACGUCGAUUGUUACAUUUGCUAUGUUACACAUUGAACUGGGCAAUGCACUUUGUACGGACGUAUCUUGACGUAACAAUAGGCUUCUAAAGCGUACAAUACAGUAUAUUUUAUAGACAUUAGAUUGUGACUUUCAAAUAGAAAUAUUUCAUUCUAUAGAAUCAAGGACUAUAAAGUAUUUAUAGAAGAACGAAUUAAGUAUCUUGUAAGUCUCUUUAAAGGAGAUGAUAAGAUUUGGUUAUUGAAAAUUUCUUCAACCAUAGUAAAAGAGAAUUUGAAAGAAGAUUUACACAAAAACAAGAAUUACAUAUUAUUAAGUAAAAACUUUGCUUUAUUUCAGUAUAGUUUUGAUACUUUUUUAUAAUGUAUUUUGUUAAAUAUUUUCUUAGGAAGAUUUCCUAGGAAGACGGGAAAACAAAAUAUUGUUUCUUGUAAUGCAAAUUUUUAUUUUUUUAAUCGAUUGUAGCAUUAGCUAGCUUAUGUAUAUUAAGAGAAAGAAUUCUCUUCUUAUUUUUUAUAAAUAUUUUUAUACGAAUAAUUAUUAAAAAGUUUCAA